GCUUCCAUUUUUAUUCUUACAAAACUAUUAUCAUUCAGACCAAACUGAAAAAGGAGGAGAGAGAGAGAGAAAGGAGAGAGAGAGAGAGAGAGAGAGAGGGAUUCAUCAUCAACCCAUCUUCCCUCCUUCCUGUGGAUCUCAAGUUUCUGGGUUUCCCUGGGUUGAUCUGAUCAAGAUUCGAAGAGUGACAAAGGAAUAAUCUUUAUUUCUCCACAAAUUCUAAUGGCCACGGUGGGCGUAGAGCCUACUGCCGCGGUUAGAGAUUCUAAUGGAAACGUUGCUACUGAUGUUGAUAGAUUACCUGAAGAGAUGAAUCACAUGAAAAUUCAAGAUGAUAAAGAAAUGGAAGCUACAAUCGUAAACGGAAAUGUCACAGAGACAGGUCACAUAAUAGUUACUACAAUAGGUGGAAGAAAUGGCCAACCAAAGCAGACAAUCAGUUACAUGGCAGAGAGAGUUGUUGGACAUGGCUCCUUUGGCGUUGUCUUUCAAGCUAAAUGUUUGGAGACGGGAGAAACUGUAGCGAUAAAGAAAGUGUUGCAAGACCGGAGGUACAAGAACCGUGAGCUACAAACAAUGAGGCUACUCGACCAUCCAAACGUAGUCUCUUUGAAACACUGCUUCUUCUCAACAACCGAGAAAGACGAGCUUUACCUUAACUUGGUCCUUGAAUACGUUCCGGAAACAGUACACAGAGUUAUCAAACACUACAACAAACUUAACCAACGCAUGCCUAUCGUCUACGUCAAACUCUACACCUAUCAGAUAUUUAGGUCACUAGCCUACAUUCACCGUUGUAUUGGCGUGUGUCAUCGUGACAUAAAGCCUCAAAAUUUGUUGGUGAAUCCACACACUCAUCAAGUGAAGCUUUGUGAUUUUGGAAGUGCUAAAGUAUUGGUUAAAGGAGAGCCAAACAUUUCAUAUAUCUGCUCGAGGUAUUAUAGAGCACCUGAGCUUAUUUUUGGAGCAACUGAGUAUACUACAGCCAUUGAUGUCUGGUCUACAGGAUGUGUUCUCGCUGAGCUUCUUCUAGGACAGCCAUUGUUCCCUGGUGAGAGUGGCGUUGAUCAACUUGUAGAGAUCAUAAAGGUUUUGGGAACACCAACAAGAGAAGAAAUCAAAUGCAUGAACCCUAAUUACACUGAGUUCAAGUUCCCUCAGAUUAAAGCUCAUCCAUGGCAUAAGAUUUUCCACAAGAGGAUGCCUCCUGAAGCUGUUGAUUUGGUCUCAAGGCUUCUUCAGUAUUCUCCUAAUCUCCGUUGCUCUGCUCUUGAUGCAUUGGUCCACCCUUUCUUUGACGAGCUUAGAGAUCCGAAUGCAAGGUUGCCUAAUGGACGUUUCCUUCCACCACUAUUCAACUUCAAGCCUCAUGAGAUUAAAGGUGUGCCUGUGGAGAUGGUGGCUAGGUUAGUACCUGAACAUGCGAGGAAGCAGUGUCCAUGGCUCGGUUUAUGAUUUAUAUCUGUUGCUAUCUGCAAACACGAAAACUAGAAGAGGGGGAGAGUCCAAGAUAUUCAUUAUCUUCUCUGUUUUUGUUACUAUUAUUCAAUCUCAGUCCUGGUGAUUUUGUAACCCUUUUGUUUGUUAUAAUGAGUAGGGAGAGAGUGAAUUGUUGUGGGGGUGGGGUUAUGAUCUUGUAAAAGUCAACAAAGAAAUGUUUAAAAAAAAGAGUUUGGUGUUUUCUGUCUC